AUGCCAGGCAUGAAGUUGAUUGAAGCGAUUAAGCCUUGUUCUCGCUUAAGGAGUAUUGAGUUGAAAGCUCGCGAUUUCUCCUUUCCUCUCUUCAACCAACAACAUACAACACCUCGACCUCGAACUCGACCUCGACCUCGACGACAAUCACAACCACGAAAUCAAACAAUCACAAUGUUCGCCACGACGCUGGCGUUUCGAGGAAAGAAGGAGGCGGACGAGGAGGAGGAGAGGAGGAAGAGGGAGGCGAACGAGAAGAGGAUACGAGAGACGGUCUUCGCAGACCCGAGUUGGGAGUUGACGAGGGAGGAGUUGAGAGAGGCGGGGGAGACGGCCAAGGCUUUGGAGGAGGACGAAGAUGAGGACGAAGAGAUGGGAGAGGGAGAGGAGAUGGGAAAAGGGGAGGAGAUAGGAGAAGGAGGGAGGAAGAAGAAGACGGAGAAGCAGAUGAAGAGGGAGAUGAUGAAAGCUCGCCGCGAGAAGCGCAAGACAGAGUCCAAGGCCAGGAAGAACUCGAAGAAGUAG